UUCGGGAAGCUCUCGUCUGUGGCAAAUGUGGCGAGAAGUGUCAGUUUUUGAAGUGAUGGAGAUAACGCGGAGGCAUCAUCAACAUGGCGACAGCUGCCGCGGCCCCCUCGGCUCGUUUUGAAACCGCGACAAUUAAGCUCCCUGCCCCAGCUGAGCCCCUCGCUGCCCUCUGAAGGAGCAGGAUGACAAGAUGGCACAGCUGCUUGUACCGCCCGGACCUGACAGCUUCUGCCCCUUCGUCCCCGAGUCGUUGGCCGCCAUCGAGAGGCGAAUCGCCGAGGAGGAGGCCCGGAGACCGCGGUCGGAGCGCCGCAACGACAGCGACGAUGAAAAUGGGCCCAAGCCCAACAGUGACCUGGAGGCGGGGAAGUCUCUCCCCUUCAUCUACGGGGACAUCCCUCCCCAUUUGGUGUCCACCCCUCUGGAGGACAUUGACCCCUACUACAGCAAUCAGAAGACCUUCAUAGUAUUGAAUCGUGGGAAGACAAUCUUCCGUUUCAACGCCAAUCCUGCCUUGUACAUGAUAAGCUCCUUCAACCCUGUAAGGAGGAUAGCUAUUAGAGUUUUAGUACAUUCGAUGUUCAGCAUGUUGAUCAUGUUCACCAUCCUGACCAACUGUGCUUUCAUGACCCUGAGUAAUCCCCCAGAAUGGGCCAAGAAUGUAGAGUACACAUUCACAGGGAUUUACACCUUCGAGUCCCUUAUAAAGAUCCUGGCCAGGGGCUUCUGUGUGGGGAAGUUCACUUUCCUGCGGGACCCGUGGAACUGGCUGGAUUUCAGUGUUAUCCUCAUGGCAUAUGUCACAGAGUUUGUGGACCUGGGCAAUGUCUCAGCACUGCGAACCUUCAGGGUUCUGCGAGCCCUGAAAACUAUAUCAGUCAUCCCAGGCUUGAAGACCAUUGUUGGCGCACUGAUCCAGUCGGUAAAAAAGCUGUCGGACGUCAUGAUCCUCACUGUGUUCUGCCUCAGCGUAUUCGCCCUCAUCGGCUUGCAACUCUUCAUGGGCAACCUGAGGCAAAAGUGCGUGCGAAUCGUCAGCAACAGCAGCAACAUCACGACUGACGACGCAAUGUUUUUCAACAACACCCCGCUGGAAAUCAACACCACGUUUCUGCAGAACACCGAAGAGAACUCCUUCAACUGGACAGAGUACAUCAGUGACGAGAGUAAUCACUAUUUCCUCCCUGGCAGCAGGGAUGCUCUGCUCUGUGGAAAUGGCAGUGGUGCUGGGCUCUGUCCAGAGGGUUUUAUAUGUGUCAAAGCCGGCCGUAAUCCAAACUAUGGCUACACCAGCUUCGACACCUUCAGCUGGGCAUUCCUCUCCUUGUUCCGACUCAUGACCCAGGACUACUGGGAAAACCUCUACCAGCAGACAUUACGCGCGGCGGGAAAACCUUACAUGGUCUUCUUCGUGCUGGUGAUCUUCCUGGGCUCCUUUUACCUGGUCAACCUGAUCUUGGCCGUGGUGGCCAUGGCUUAUGACGAGCAGAACCAGGCGACCAUCGAGGAGGCUCAGCAGAAGGAGGAGGAGUUCCAGGCCAUGCUGGAGCAGCUCAAGAGACAGCAGGAGGAGGCACAGGUUGCCGCGGCAGCAGCCACGGAGAGCGGAGAGUACAGCGGGAGAGGGGGGCUCACCACUGAGUCCUCCUCAGGGACGUCUAAGCUCAGCUCGAAAAGUGCCAAGGAGCGACGCAACAGGCGGAAGAAGAGGAAGCAGAGGGAGGAAGAGGAGGAGAGGGGGGCCCAUGACAAGUUCCACAAGUCUGAGUCCGAGGACAGCAUCAAGAGAUCCAGCUUCCGUUUCUCCAUUGAUGCCAACAGACUGUCUUAUGAGAAGAGAUGCUCCUCACCCAAUCAGUCUCUCCUCAGUAUUCGUGGAUCCAUCUUCUCACCUCGGAGGAACAGCCGUGCCAGCCUGUUCAGCUUCCGCGGCCGGGCUCGUGACAUGGGCUCCGAGAAUGAUUUCGCUGAUGACGAGCACAGCACCUUUGAGGAAAGUGACAGCCGCCGGGGCUCCCUGUUCUUGCCGCGCCGCAUCGAGCGCCGUUGCAGCACCGUCAGCCAGACCAGCCUCGGGGCGCCACGGGUCAUACUGCCCGCCAACGGCAAGAUGCACUGCGCAGUAGACUGCAAUGGUGUGGUGUCACUGGUCGGUGGAACUUCUGUAACAACCUCCCCUGUAGGUCUCCUGCUGCCUGAGGGGACAACAACAGAUACUGAUCUUAAGAAACGGCGGUCAGGUUUUCACCAGCCAUCUGUGGAUUAUUUAGCUGAACCAGGAGGCAGGCAGAGAGCCAUGAGUGUGGCCAGCAUCCUCACCAACACCAUGGAAGAGCUUGAAGAGUCACGACAGAAAUGCCCCCCCUGCUGGUACAGAUUUGCCAACACUGCUCUGAUAUGGGAUUGUUGCCCUGCAUGGCUGAAAAUCAAGGCAGUUGUCAGCACAGUGGUCAUGGACCCAUUUGUGGAUCUGGCCAUCACAAUUUGCAUUGUCCUCAACACCCUUUUUAUGGCCAUGGAGCAUUAUCCCAUGACUACAGAAUUUGAUAACGUCCUCUCUGUUGGAAACCUGGUGUUCACAGGCAUCUUUACAGCAGAGAUGUGCUUCAAGAUCAUCGCCCUGGAUCCCUAUUACUACUUCCAGGAGGGUUGGAACAUCUUUGACGGCAUCAUUGUUAGUCUGAGUCUGAUGGAGCUUGGCUUGGCCAACGUAGAAGGCCUGUCUGUUCUCAGGUCCUUUAGAUUGCUGAGGGUUUUCAAACUGGCUAAGUCAUGGCCCACUUUGAACAUGCUGAUCAAGAUCAUUGGUAACUCCGUGGGUGCUCUAGGGAACUUGACUCUGGUGCUGGCCAUCAUCGUCUUCAUCUUUGCCGUGGUGGGCAUGCAGCUGUUUGGCAAGAGCUACAAGGAGUGCGUGUGUAAGAUUUCUGAUGACUGCCAGCUGCCCCGCUGGCACAUGCACGAUUUCUUCCACUCCUUCCUCAUUGUGUUUCGGGUGCUGUGUGGAGAAUGGAUAGAGACCAUGUGGGACUGCAUGGAGGUGGCUGGACAGACCAUGUGCCUGAUCGUCUUCAUGAUGGUCAUGGUCAUUGGAAACCUUGUGGUUCUCAACCUGUUCCUGGCUCUCCUCCUGAGCUCAUUCAGCGCUGACAACCUUGCGGCAACCGACGACGACAGUGAGAUGAACAACUUGCAGAUUGCUGUGGGCCGGAUCCAGCGGGGCAUCGCAUUUGUCAAAGCUACAGUGCGGCAGUUCUUCCAGAGCCUCUGCUUUGGAGGGAGUGGUAAGGGCUCUGGACUGGCUGAAGAGAGCAAACCUCUGGAUGAACUGCAUAGCAAUGGCAAGGGCAACUGCAUCUCCAACCACACUUCAGUGGAGAUAACCAAAGACCCCAGUGGGGUGUACAUGAAGGAGGGCAAUGGACGGCCAGGAGGAGGGCUGGUGGUCGGGGUUGGUGGGAACACCACAGAGAAGUACCCAAUGGAGGAAUGCGACUACAUGUCAUUUAUUCAUAACCCCAGCCUGACAGUCACGGUGCCCAUCGCUGUGGGCGAGUCAGACUUUGAGAACCUAAACACAGAAGAUUUCAGCAGUGACUCGUCAGAUGUGGAGGGCAGCAAAGAGGCACUGCAGUGUAACUUUGCACUCUCAUCUUCUUCCUCGUCCAUGCAGAAGCUCGAUGCACAGCCCCACCCUCUGAGCUCAUCGGAGGGGAGCACAGUUGAUAUUCGCCCCCCAGUAGAUGGGGUGGAUUCAGUGGAGCUGGAGCCGGAGGAGUCACUGGACCCAGAGGCCUGCUUCACAGAGGGCUGUGUGAGCAGGUUCCAGUGCUGCCAGAUCAACGAAGAGGGAGGCAAGUAUAAGAGCUGGUGGACACUCAGGAAAACCUGCUUUAUCAUAGUGGAGCACAACUGGUUUGAAUCCUUCAUCAUAUUCAUGAUCCUGCUCAGCAGUGGAGCACUGGCAUUUGAGGAUGUUUACAUCGAGCAGCGAAGGACCAUCAAAACAAUGCUGGAGUACGCAGACAAGGUCUUCACUUACAUAUUCAUCCUGGAAAUGCUGUUGAAGUGGGUGGCAUACGGCUUUGUCAAGUACUUCACCAACGCCUGGUGCUGGCUCGACUUCCUCAUUGUAGACGUGUCCCUGGUCAGCCUUGUAGCCAAUGCUCUGGGCUACUCUGAGCUUACCGCCAUCAAAUCUCUGAGGACACUCCGAGCCCUUCGGCCCCUUAGGGCCCUAUCUCGGUUUGAGGGCAUGAGGGUUGUGGUGAACGCGCUGCUCGGGGCCAUCCCCUCCAUCAUGAACGUGCUGUUGGUCUGCCUCAUCUUCUGGUUGAUCUUCAGCAUCAUGGGCGUCAACCUGUUUGCUGGGAAGUACUAUCACUGCAUCAACACCACCACAGACGAGAUCUUCCCCAUAGAAGUAGUCAACAACAAGACUGACUGCCUGAAUUUAGUCAACGACAGCGCCCGCUGGAAGAAUGUCAAAAUCAACUUUGACAAUGUUGGGGCCGGCUAUCUGGCUCUACUGCAAGUGGCAACAUUUAAGGGUUGGAUGGACAUCAUGUAUGCAGCUGUGGACUCUCGAGGUUUGGAAGACCAGCCUAAAUAUGAAGUGAACCUGUACAUGUACCUCUACUUUGUCAUCUUCAUCAUCUUCGGCUCCUUCUUCACCCUCAACCUGUUCAUUGGUGUCAUCAUCGACAACUUCAACCAGCAGAAGAAGAAGUUUGGAGGUCAGGACAUCUUCAUGACAGAAGAACAGAAGAAAUAUUACAAUGCCAUGAAGAAGCUGGGUUCCAAGAAACCGCAGAAACCUAUACCUCGGCCAACAAAUGCAUUUCAAGGCUUCGUGUUUGACUGCAUCACAAAGCAGGCCUUCGACAUCGUGAUCAUGAUCCUCAUCUGCCUUAACAUGGUGACCAUGAUGGUGGAGACGGACGACCAGACGCCGGAGAUGGACAAAAUCCUCUACUGGAUCAACCUGGUCUUCAUCGUGCUCUUCACCGGGGAGUGUGCGCUUAAGAUGAUCUCUCUGCGUCACUAUUACUUCACCAUUGGCUGGAAUAUAUUUGACUUUGUGGUGGUAAUCCUGUCCAUUGUAGGUAUGUUUUUAUCGGAGGUUAUCGAGAAGUACUUUGUGUCCCCGACGCUGUUCCGAGUGAUCCGUCUGGCCAGGAUCGGCCGCAUCCUCCGCCUUAUCAAAGGUGCCAAAGGCAUCCGGACGCUUCUCUUUGCCUUGAUGAUGUCACUCCCUGCUCUGUUCAACAUCGGCCUCCUCCUCUUCCUGGUCAUGUUCAUCUACGCCAUCUUUGGCAUGUCCAACUUUGCCUACGUCAAGCGAGAGUCAGGAAUCGAUGACAUGUUCAAUUUCGAGACCUUCGGGAACAGUAUGAUCUGUUUGUUUCAGAUUACCACCUCAGCCGGGUGGGACGGCCUGCUGGCACCCAUACUGAACAAGAGGGAGCCCGACUGUGACAGCCAAAUGGAGCACCCGGGCAACAACUACAAAGGUAACUGUGGCAACCCAUCAGUGGGCAUCUUUUUCUUUGUCAGCUACAUCAUCAUCUGCUUCCUCAUUGUGGUCAACAUGUACAUCGCCGUCAUCCUGGAGAACUUCAGCGUGGCCACAGAGGAGAGCGCCGAGCCUCUGAGCGAAGAUGACUUUGAGAUGUUCUAUGAAGUGUGGGAGCGCUUUGAUCCCGACGCCACUCAGUUCAUGGAGUACAGCAAGCUCUCUGACUUUGCAGAUGCUCUAGAUCCGCCGUUGCGCAUGCCCAAGCCUAAUAUGACCCAGCUCAUCUCCAUGGACCUGCCAAUGGUGAGUGGCGAGCGCAUCCACUGCCUCGACAUCUUGUUCGCCUUCACCAAGCGAGUGUUGGGCGAGGGCGGCGAGAUGGAUGUGUUACGCGGGCAGAUGGAGGAGCGCUUCAUGGCCUCUAACCCCUCUAAGGUGUCUUACGAGCCCAUCACCACCACCCUCCGCCGCAAACAGGAGGACAUGUCGGCCGUAAUCAUCCAGAGAGCCUUCCGCCGCUACAUGAUCCGCCUGGCCAUGAAGAAGGCCUCCGCCCUGUACAAGGAGCGGCUGAAGGAGGGCCUCCGCGACCCUGACAAGGACGUGAUGGUCAUCAGCAAGUUCAAUGAGAACUCCACCUCGGACAAAACGGACAUGACGCCCUCCACUGCCUCCCCGCCCUCCUACAACAGUGUGACAAAAUCGGACAAGGACAAAUACGAGAAAGAAAAUAGGGAAAAAGAAAACAAAGGGAAAGACUCGAAAGACCGAAAGAAAUAGACUUUUUGAAAAGGAACAACAAAUAAAUGCAUUAGAGACAUGAGGGAAAUUUGUUUACAGCUUCUAAAGGGGGUAGAUAGGUACGUUUGUGUGCCGAUUGUUAGAGAUAAUGAAUGCCCGGUAGGUCUAAAGUGGGAGAACGGUUAUGUCACAAAUGAAUACAUGGGGUCUUCUCAGAGGGGAAAUAUGGAAACAAAUGAUCCAGCAGACACUGCCAGAGAUUUACUGAAACGUGGAAAAGCCUCUCUGCAAAACGCUUGUGAUUUUCCUAUUGGUUGUUGUUACUAUCUGACACACUUGAGUGUACUGUUAAGUUGUCUGUAGCUAG